UGCAUAUAAACAGAAGUUCUUCACGAAUCAUUGCAAUUCAGAUUUUCCUGUUGAACAGUUUUAAUUUGAAAAUGAAACUAGCACUUUUCGUAAGUGUCCUCUAUAUAUUGAGUGUUGGUGUUGAAUCGUCACCGGUACCUCCACCGGUACCUCCUCCGACGACAAAAUGGCAACCAGUUUCUGUUUUGCAUAAAAGGGCAAUUUUAGCUGCAAGUACGGCUGCUAAACAUCUAGAAGUUGACUAUAUUCGCCUGUUACAAGCUUGGGAAAAUGUGCUGGUUCAAUAUCCACUAGAGGAAUACCGGGUCAUAUUCAAAGCUAGAUGUCAGUAUGGCAUAUUGAAACAAUGUCAAGCGGAUGUGUAUUUUCACGGCCCCACCAGUAAGGUUUACAACGCAUCCUGCUGGCAGGCUAUCGAGGAAGCAAAAGCACAAAACAACGCAUAUUGAAUUAGUGCUUUUGUUUCAAGAAAUAUAGGCCACUGGUCGGACAAACACAAAACACCAAUACAAUUAAACAGAAGUGACGAACUGCAAAAAUAAUUUAAAGGAUUAAAUAAUUCAAAAUUUAAACUAUAUCAAGUUUUUCUUCUCUUAUAUCUUUGCACAGUAUAAAUAAAUUUUAAAGAAUUUAAAUUUCUUUUUCCUACUAUUGUUGAUAACAUGAGAAAAUAAAACUAUGAGAGAA